UUUGUUUUUAGCUUAUCAGGUGCUGCUGGACUUCCCAAAAGGAGAGAGAGGAAACUUUCCCAGGCUUCCAGCAGACGGAGUGGGAGGAGAUGGAGAGGAAAAGCCGUUCUUGAACACUUCCCAGAGACUCCUUGUGUGCAGCCUGCCUGAGGAGAAACACACACGCAUGAAAAGAUUUCUUUUGGAGUCACCUGCCAGGCGUCCAAAAUCAAAGCUUUCUCUACCUCUUCUCCCUUUUGCGCCUCUCCCUCCCUCUUUGCAUUUUUCGCAGGCUGAGGCAUCCAUGGACCCUCUGGCUCCGCCGCUCUCGUCGGCGACUUGGAAAGCUAGGAGAACUUUGUGAACUCUGCCCGAGAAAAGUAUUGGAUGGGACGCGGCAGCAGGCUCCUCAGGAGUCACCACUUGGACCCUUAACUGGAGAGUUACCACCCCCUAUUUUACCCUCCCCCACUUGGGUGGUGUCAUGACGGGUCAGCGCCCCGGCCUCCUCUUCCCCCUGGCUCUGCUGGGACUCUUGGUAGGACUAGCCGACCUCAGCCAGGGCUCAGCGAGUGAUGACGAGGACUACUACAUGCAGGAGUUGCUCACCAGGGAGCAGUACGCCCGGGUCCAGAUGCCCGAGGGGCCCGAGGGCCACGAGCCGCCCAAGCAAUACGGCAAGAAAGCGGGUAAAGGAAAAGGAGACAGCAGCAGGCAGACAGACAAAUCGUCCAACAAAAAAGCAGACAACAAGAAAGGCAACCAGAAAAGCCCCAACGGAAGCAACGAGGGUGACAGACAACCAACGCGAUAUAAAGGUGAGUGCCCCCCGAUGGGACUGGAGACCCUGAAAAUCGACGACUUUCAGCUUCACGCAUCCACUACUAGACGCUACGGUCUCGGUGCUCACAGGGGUCGUCUCAAUAUACAGGCCGGCCUUUACGAGGACGACCUCUACGACGGGGCCUGGUGCGCCGGCAGGGACGACCCGCUGCAGUGGCUGGAGGUGGACGCCAGGAGGCUGACCAAGUUCACGGGGGUCAUCACACAAGGCCGCAGCUCCCUCUGGUCGAGCGACUGGGUGACCUCUUACAAGGUGAUGGUGAGCAACGACAGCCACACAUGGGUUACAGUGAAGAACGGAUCUGAGGAUAUGAUUUUCAGAGGAAACCGGGAAAAGGAGAUUCCAGUGCGUAAUAUCUUUCCCGCUCCGUUGGUGGCCCGUUACAUUCGAAUCAAUCCUCAGUCGUGGUUUAGCAGCGGCAGCAUCUGCAUGAGGGCGGAGAUUCUCGGAUGUCCUUUGCCAGAUCCGAAUAAUUAUUAUCAUCGCCGCAAUGAGGUUAUAACAACCGACGAGUUGGACUUCAUGCUUCACAGUUACAAAGAAAUGCGGCAGCUCAUGAAGGUGGUCAACGAAAUGUGCCCCAACAUCACUCGCAUCUAUAACAUAGGCAAAAGCCACGGCGGCCUCAAACUGUACGCCAUCGAGAUAUCUGACAACCCUGGCGAGCACGAAGUGGGUGAGCCAGAGUUCCGCUACACGGCCGGUUCCCACGGCAACGAGGUGCUGGGUCGCGAGCUGCUCCUCCUGCUCAUGCAGUUCAUGUGUUUGGAGUACCUGUCGGGGAACCAACGGGUCCGACGCCUGGUGGACGAGACCCGCAUCCACCUGCUGCCAUCCGUUAACCCCGAUGGGUACGAGAAAGCCUUUGAAGUGGGUUCCGAGCUUAGCGGCUGGUCUCUGGGCCGGUGGAGCAACGACGGCAUCGACAUCCACCACAACUUUCCCGACCUCAACUCCAUACUGUGGGAGGCCGAGGCUAAAAAGUGGAUCCCUCGCCGGAUGGCCAAUCACUACGUGUCCGUUCCAGAGUGGUACCAAUCAAAAAACGCCUCGGUUGCCAUAGAGACACGCGCUCUAAUCACCUGGAUGGAAAAGAUCCCCUUUGUGCUGGGCGGCAACCUUCAAGGGGGUGAGCUGGUGGUGACCUUCCCUUACGACAAGACCCGCUCACAGGGCGUGACCCGCGAGCAGACGCCGACGCCUGACGACCACGUGUUCCGCUGGUUGUCCUUCGCUUACGCGUCCACCCACCGCCUCAUGACGGCCGCCAAUCGCAGAGUGUGCCAUCGGGAAGACUUCGCCAAGGAGGACGGGACAAUCAACGGAGCGUCUUGGCAUACGGCGGCAGGCAGCAUGAACGACUUCAGCUAUUUGCACACCAACUGCUUUGAGCUGUCAAUGUACGUGGGUUGUGACAAAUUCCCUCACGAGAGCGAGCUGCCGGAAGAGUGGGAGAACAAUCGCGAGUCUCUUCUCGUCUUCAUGGAGCAGGUGCAUCGUGGGAUUAAAGGCAUGGUGCGGGACCUUCAAGGCAACGGAAUCGCAAACGCCACCAUCGCCGUGGACGGCAUCAGCCACGACAUCCGCACAGCUGCUGACGGGGACUACUGGCGCCUGCUGAACCCGGGAGAGUACCGAGUGACGGCUCGGGCCCCGGGCUACAGCAUGGUGAGCAAGAAAUGCGAAGUGGGCUAUGAGAUGGGGGCCACCCGCUGCGACUUCACGUUGGGACGUACCAAUCUGUCUCGCAUCCGCGAGAUCAUGGAGCGAUUCAACAAGCAACAUGGUAUCAAAGCGCCCACUAGGGCGCUGCAAGCUCGCCGCGCCGGAUGAAGACGACCGACGAUGGUGGAGAACUCUUAAGAACUGAAAGCAGAACCAAAUUUUGACUGUGGGGACUUUCAAAAAAGAAGACGCAUUGUGGUUGAAAAAUAUCUCAAAAAUAAGACCGUACAAUUUUUAAUUUCUGUUGUCUUGCUAACGUCUCCAAAUAAACAGUGCUACCUUCACUUCCAGAUUAAGUUAACGUUAAAAAAAGAUGUGUAAAACUAAAGAUGAAUGGAAAUUCUAUAUUUAACACCACCGUUUUCAACCAAACCCUAGUACUUUGUUUAACGAUUUUACACUGUACUUAUCGUAAAUCAACAGAAUUUUGGAAAUGUAAAUAAUAGACAAAACAGACCUGAGCAUCUAAUCUCAUGUAUGUACAUUAAGGACCUUUUAAGUUAUGUAAACCACUACAUAAGCAAAGAAACACAUAAGCACUUUGCUUCACACGAAAUAAACACUCAAGUACUCCAAUUCUAAUGCUGUUUGGAUUUUCAUUUAUGGAAUUAAGGAAAACCAACCCAUCAAAUUCAACACUCAUCAUUCACUGCCAUUAACGGAGGAGAGAUAUCGCUGUCAAAAAGGGCUUAACUUCAUUUUUCAAGAGUCUGAAGUUGUCAAAAAGCCAAUAGUGGCAAAGGAAGCACUAUUUGUGUGUUCCCACUGAGGUGUCCACUUCUCACUUUCGCCAGUGUGUUUUUAUGGAUCAUUGGCUAUUUUUUGUUCUUUGCUC